AUGUCUUAUCAACGGAGAGCAUGUUCACAACGUAGCAAUGCUAAUAGUAUUCAACCUGGUAGCAAGGGCAAAAAUAGGACUACCAUGAUCUAUGUGAUAGCAUUGGCAAUUGCAGUGAUUGGAUUAUCCUACGCAGCUGUGCCACUAUACAGAGUAUUUUGUCAGGCUUCCGGAUUCGGUGGCACGACCUCUCGUGUCAUUGAUCCAGAGAAGAUCGCUGAAAUGGAAGCUGUACCGGAACGACCUCUGACUAUUCGCUUUAAUGCGGAUACAGGAGCUACAAUGAGAUGGAAUUUUAGACCCAAGCAAAAAGAAAUUCAGUUGAUUCCUGGAGAGACUGCAUUAGCAUUUUAUGCAGCUAAAAAUCCAACCGAUGAACCAAUCAUAGGAAUUUCAACUUAUAAUGUUAUCCCUUUUGAAGCUGGCCUCUACUUCAAUAAAGUUCAGUGCUUCUGCUUUGAAGAACAAAGGCUAAAUCCACACGAAGAGGUGGAUAUGCCAGUGUUUUUUUAUAUUGAUCCAGAAAUUAUGAAUGAUCCAGCUUUAGCUAGAAUAGAUACCAUUACUUUAUCUUAUACAUUCUUUGAAUCUAAGGAUUUUGAUCAAAGUCAUUUACCAACAAGUUGA